AUGACUACUUCAAUCACCCUCCCCUCUGCUUCUGACUUCCAUCUUCAUCUUCGCCAAGGUGAUAUGAUGCGCAUGGUCACCCCCAAGGUUGAAGAAGGUGGUGUCUCACUUGCUUAUAUCAUGCCUAACUUGCAGCCUCCUAUCAAAAACACUGAGCAAUCCAUGGCAUACAAGGCAGAAUUGGAGGCUCUUGCUCCCAAUGUCACCUUCUACAUGACCCUCUACUUGUCUCCUGAACUCACACCUGAGGAAGUUCGUAAAGCUGCCAAGGCCGGUGUUGCAGGCGUCAAAUCAUACCCUCGUGGUGUCACCACCAACAGUGACAAUGGUAUCGAAAAUUAUGAAGUAUACUACCCCGUUUUCAAGGCCAUGGAAGAAGAGGGUCUUGUGCUGAACUUGCAUGGUGAGUGUCCUAGUGAUAACAACAAGGACAUUUGUGUCAUGAACGCUGAGGAAAAGUUCUUGCCUGAGCUCGAAAAGCUUCACAAUGCUUUCCCCAACUUGAAGAUCGUCUUGGAACACGCUACAUCCAAGGCUGCUGUUGAUAUGGUCAAGCGUUUGGGUGAUAAUGUUGGUUGCAGUAUCACUGUUCAUCAUCUUCAAUUGAUUGUAGAUGACUGGGCUGGCCAAGCUCAUCACUUUUGUAAGCCUGUUGCUAAAUACCCUCAUGAUCGUGAAGCUUUAAGAGAAAUCGUCAAAUCAGGACAUCCUCGCUUCUUCUUGGGUACUGAUUCUGCUCCUCAUCCUAUCGCUGCCAAGGAAGGUGCUCGAUCCAAUGCUGGUGUCUUCACUACACCUCUCGUUCUUCCUUACCUUGCCAAGAUCUUUGAAGAGAUUGGUUGUUUGGAUCGUCUCGAAAACUUUGCUUGUCAUUUCGGUAGAAAGUUCUAUGGUCUCUCUCAGAAGCCUGGAUUUGAGGAUAGAAAGGUGACCUUGGUCAAGGAAGCCAACGUUGUUGUCCCUCAAGAGUACCAGAUCUCUGCUACUAAUGCUGAAUUAGGUACUGUUGUGCCUUUCUACGCCAACAGAGAUAUUGGAUGGAAGAUUGCUUCCAACUUUGUUUAA